CUUUCUCAAUUCCCAUAUAUCCUCCUCCAAGAUUACAACUUCGUUUAUCUCAUCCUUGUGAGUUUUCUUACAUCAGGGUUGGUAUUAAUUUGAAUCAUAGUGUAAUGUACUGUAAAGCCAGAGAUUAGCACGAAAAUCAGCAUUUGCUGGAGUUGUCUGACAGUGGGGAUAGAAUAUAAACAAGUAAAUGACAACUGCUAGGUUUAUCAAGUGUGUAACCGUGGGCGAUGGCGCCGUGGGGAAAACGUGCAUGCUCAUUUCUUACACAAGCAAUACUUUCCCGACGGAUUAUGUUCCAACUGUAUUCGACAACUUCAGUGCCAACGUGGUCGUGGAUGGGAACACGGUGAACAUAGGCCUCUGGGAUACUGCAGGGCAAGAAGAUUACAACAGGCUACGGCCUCUAAGUUAUAGAGGAGCAGACGUAUUUCUACUGGCUUUUUCCGUAACCAGCAAAGCCAGCUACGAGAACAUAUACAAGAAGUGGGUUCCGGAGUUAAGACAUUACUCUCCAAAUGUACCCAUAGUACUUGUGGGAACCAAACUUGACUUGAGAGAAGACGAACAAUACCUAAGGGAUCAUCCUGGGGCGGUUCCUAUAACAACUGAGCAGGGUGAAGAAUUGAAGAAGAUGAUCGGGGCAGUAGCUUAUAUUGAGUGUAGUGCCAAAACUCAACAGAAUGUGAAAGCCGUGUUUGAUAGUGCAAUAAAGGUUGUUUUGCGCCCACCAAAAAUGAAGAAAAAAUUGCCACGCUGCAAGUCAAGAAGAUGCACAUUCCUUUGAAAUUCAAGAUCCAUUUUUACCUAUAUAUAUGUAUGUGUAUCACUGAGAACCAACUUUCACCUUUUCUUCACCUCUCUGAGUUUUGUUGAGAAAUCAUUUCAGUUGGUUUGAUUAAUAAAUCAGUACUACUUUUCAAUCAAAGGAGAGGUGAAAAAAUGGUGAAAGGAUUAAUGGGUGAUACAAUUCUAUGCUGUACGAAUUUUUUUCU